GUGCGUUAAGCCGUCGAGCGCGACGCGAGUGGCAGCGGUUCAGGACGUGCGGGUCGUUACGCCGGCGUGAAAGUCCCGAUACCCUAGCGCGGAAGUCACACCGCCGAUUUGGCAGCCGCUUCAGGAGCGACGCACGCCUAUUCACGGGGCGACGGGAGCUACUGCGAAGCGAAGCAGUCGGAGCGCGCGCGGACGCUUGAGGCCGACGUCGAAAGGCGAGCCAGCCAGCCAAGAUGGCCAUCACCAGCCUUCUGGGCGAUGUCGCCAUGACCAUCAAGGGCAAGAUGCCCGGCCAGGUGAACAUCGACAGCAAGGUGUUCCAGCUGCACUAUCGGCUGACCACAUUCCUCUUCCUCGGUUUCUCCAUCCUCUCAACGGCUACCAGUCUGAUCGGCAACCCCAUCAACUGCUUCUGCGCCGACUGCGCGAGCAAGGACAUCAGCAAGGAAGUGAUGGACACACACUGCUGGAUCUCCGGAACUUUCACGCUGCCUGACAAGGACCCUGUCGUCACGAGGAGGAUCGGGUUUGAAAUGUACUACCACGGCUUGGGCACGCAGCAGCGGGACGAGGAGCGCAAGUACCACCUCUACUACCAGUGGGUGCCGUUCGUGUUGUUCCUCCAGGGCGUGCUCUUCUACAUGCCACACUGGAUGUGGGAGAUCAACGAGGACGGCCGGGUGCACGCGCUCGUUCAUGACAUGCGCCUGCCGACCAUGGACAAGGAAGCGCUGAAAAAGAGGAUUGGCAACCUCACCGUGUACGUCAACGAGACGCUGGGGUCUUACGACGGCUACUACCUGCGCUUCGUGCUGUGCGACUUCCUCAACAUCGUCAACGUGUUCUUCAACAUGUUCCUGAUCAAUCGCUUCAUCAACGGCGAGUUCAUGUCGUACGGGCCGCGCUGUGUGCAGUACUUCUCCAACUCGAGCAGCAUGUCAGUGAGCCCGCUCACCGACACGUUCCCCAAGCUGACAAAGUGCGAGUUCCAAUCCUUCGGCGUCUCGGGCACUGUCGAGAAACUGGACGCCAUUUGCGUGCUUGCGCUCAACAUCCUCAACGAGAAGGUGUACCUGUUCCUCUGGUUUUGGCUGGUGAUCCUCAGCAUCAUCACCGUGGUCGUCUUCGUCUUCCGCACCUCGCUGAUGUUCGUGAAGCGGUUCCGUGUGCCGCUGUUCCAGCGGCGGGCGCACACAAUGAAGACGGCCGACAUCAAGGACGUGGUCAAGAACAUCAAGAUCGGUGACUUCUUCUUUCUGAGUCUGCUCGCCAAAAAUCUGGACAUCACGGCGUUCCGCAUGUUCUUGGCACAGCUGGCAAGGGUAGUGAGGAAGCAGAAGGGGCUGCCGCGCGGUCCUGGUCACGUGCAGCGCGGCACGUCGCAGGUAGAUCGCGAAGCGGACGCGCUGGUGCCCAAAACACCUCAGCCCGGAGGCCAGAGCGCCAGCACCAUGGACAUCAUGGCCUCUCACUUGAGCGGCGUGUGAAUCAGAGCCGGCACGCGGGCGCCCCGGCAGUCGAUCUGUGUUCUGUUGAAGCAGCUCUGGAUUUGCCAAGUACUGAGCGUACCUCGAGAACUGCUGCAGUGUGUCGAGCACCGCGCCAGAUUUGUACCGGCCCAAAUCACGGUUAGGGUCAAUUUAUGGCGGAAGCCUUGUUGACGAUGGACGAUGGCAGACAACGUUCCCUUGACCUUCACAAGCCCACUGAUCGGAGGCAUGUACCAUAGGCGGAGGAGCGCGUGCCCAUCACGUCUGUUUCUCCCUGGAUACUUCUUAAUAUAAGCCAUACCGCAAGGAAUUGAAGAUGGAACUAAUUCACGCAUGCUUAAGGUUAAUGGACACCGCGAACAUCCUACGCUUAUGGUAUGUCCUGACCAGCUAACCGUUCCAUUGCUGUGGCGCGAGGGGACCCAGUGAAUGAAUCACGAAUAUCUGUGAGCGUUUUUGUUACAGUAAAAGUGUACGGCAGUAUCCGGCUGUUAUGCUUUGAAGCCGAAUACAAACACUUUCUUAGUGGUGCUAUGAAUUACUGAUAUUUUCGCCUUUUCUCAUAUGCUCACCAAAUCUCAUUUUAGUGAUGAGUUUCACUCCGCCAUUACCAGUGCGCAACUAGUCAUUUUAUGUCCGCUUGAUGUAUGUUUAUCACUGCGAUUUUUGCAAAAUACGUCGCUGCAUUCACGUGUGCUGUGUGCAACUCAGCUGUGUGUAAGUGUAUGUGUGUGUUUGUUAGUCACGACAACCGUACACGUGGUACUACAUGGGGAUUGGGGGGGGGGGGGGCUGAAGGCUGACGUUCUUCCAAAUAAUGGGACAAUCCUACAUCACCCGUUUGAAUCUCGCAUGGAUAGCAAACAUCAGAAGCCCAUGGGCUCAACCUCCCAGCAUUCAUGAGCUAAAAGAAGCAGUUUUGCAAUCUUCCGCAUCUCUUGCACGUACGUUACGAAUGUCAUUCUUUGCUGUGCCAGAUUAUGACACCUAGCGGUGCUGGAACUGAUGACGGGUUUAUCUCAGUCUUCCCGGAAUUCUACGCGCAAUUCACAGGCGUAUACGAUGCUGGCGUAUUUAUGUUUUUUAGUGGAUGGAUUAUUCGCUCUGUGUCCGUCGCCAAUCAUGAAGGAUCAGUAUGAGCACAUAUGGCGUGGUGUUCAUUACUGUCAUGACCACGCACGUGAUGAUCGUUACAAUGUGUGUUCUCUUAGUCGCUGUAAUGGACAUCGCCGGUCGGUAUUGCCAUGCUAUGUCGAUGCUUACCAUCGCUCGAAAGAGGGAUGGAAGAAUUUCGAAUGGUGGUCGCUAUACUAUGCGAACCAAUCAAUGCAAACGCCGUUCAAAAUAUGCAAAAUGCUUGUUGCGAGUGAUUUUUAACGCGUAAUUCUGCAACUAUUGCUCCCUCGUUGAGGGUCCUUCGCCGAGUUAAGUUUCUAUUUGGAAACGAUGGAUGUUCUACAUGCUGAUGAUGUUGCCCUAAACAACUGAUCGCAGGAGAACUAUCUGAUCUUAAAGUUGUUAACUGACCCCACCGUCAUGGAGCACCCAAUGUUAUUCUGUAUACCACGUUAGACGUGAUCGUAAUAAAAGACAUAGCGCUUGAAGCA